AUGAGCACAUGCUGCCGGGUAUAUUCUCAGGUUGCUAUUGUAUUGUUAAAGGGCGCAUCCUCGAGUCUAGUGGUGAAGUUCGCGGACACAGAGAAGGAGCGGCAACUUCGACGAAUGCAGCAGAUGGCUGGCAACAUGAGUAUCCUCAAUCCUUUCGUUUUCAAUCAGUUUGGAGCAUACAGUACUUACGCGCAGGUCAUCACUGAACAGCAGCAAGCAGCGCUUAUGGUGGCUGCGACUGCGCAGGCAGGCUACAUUAGUCCAAUGACGGCGCUCGCGUCACAUGCACUCAAUGGGAUGGCCAACUCCGUGGUACCACCCACCUCUGACAACUUCUCAGGGCUGGCGAUAGGCACCGGUGGGGCGCAGCCGCUGAAUGGUGCACUGCCUUCUCUGCCCUCGCCCACGAUGCCGGGCUUCAACAUGGCCGCGCAGACCGCCAACGGACAGCCACCACCGCAAGAUGCUGUCUACACCAACGGCAUACACCAGACCUUCACUGGACCAGUGCCAGUAACCGCGCAAGGUCUGCCCAACGGCGAGGCAGCGCUGCAACACGCCGCGUAUCCUGGCAUGCAGCCAUUCCCCGGAGUCGCUUACCCAGCGGUAUAUGGACAGUUUCCGCAGCCCAUCCCACCGCCGAUGUCGACCAUUGCUCCUGGGCAACGAGAAGAUUUCAUUAUGUUCCCAGGCUGCUCGAUCUCUGGCCCCGAGGGCUGCAACCUGUUCAUCUACCACUUGCCUCAAGAGUUCGGAGACGCGGAGCUGAUGCAAAUGUUCCUGCCGUUCGGCAACGUUAUAAGUAGCAAAGUUUUCAUCGAUCGUGCUACUAAUCAAAGCAAAUGUUUCGGUUUCGUAUCGUUCGACAACCCAACGUCGGCACAAGCCGCGAUCCAAGCGAUGAACGGCUUUCAGAUCGGCAUGAAGCGGCUUAAGGUUCAGCUGAAGCGACCCAAGGACGCCAAUCGGCCUUACUAG